UUUUAUUUCACUAGAUUGCUUUUGAAAAAUCUUCAGGUGUAGAGUUUGAGGAUACAAUGGCAGGAAGAAGCGUAUUUUGAAAUGUGUAGAAGAGGCAGCAUACCCUUGUACAGCUGGAAUUUUGAUAUUUUCUGCCUGAAUUGAUUAUCUGGAGGAAAAAAAUGAUGAAAAAAAGGUUUUACAAAGGAUGCUACUUUCUGAUUGGUGCUCUGUGAUAAAAUUGUAAUCAGGUACCGAUCAAUUCUGGCUCUUUUUGGAAGAGCCAGAAUUUGGUCUUAAAUGUAACCAGUAUUUACCUUUGAUUAAAAAAAAAGUGACAUUGAAUUCCCACAUAAGACAGAUCUGUUGAUCAGAACACUGAAGACCUGAGUUAUGCCACAUUUUAAUUUGAAUAAAAAACAGAAAUGUAAUAUCUGCUCAGUCAAGGCACUGCUAAACCCAGCAAAGCUCAAAUUUCAGGGAGUAGAACAAAACCUCUCUUUAUGUGGGUAAAGUGUGUCUAGAGACGUUUUUGUCCACUGUGUAUUUUUUAAUCUGAUCCCUGUAAUGAAAAUGACUUUCCCACAUUUGAGUUUCACUCUAUGCCCCAAAAAUGUGUUACCCUGUUUUGUGUAGGCAAACAAUUAGCUGGGUUGUAUAAAUGGAUAAAAUUAUUUGUGCCUCAAUAAUACAUUAAUUUUUGGCAAGUUACCUAGGACUGCUUCUGUAAAUAAAUCUUCUCCUCCCCUCCUUCCUCCUCCCCUAUUUUAACAAUCAGCAGGGAUUGGAUUUGGUUUCCGUCAUGAAUGACAGGUUCGCUCUUUCUCAAGGCCAAAAAAAAUAUUCUUGGUAAAGUUUAAAGAUAAGUUACAAGAAGUUGUGUUUCAUUUCUUCCUAAGAUGAUGAUAAGCAGUAUAUAUUUAGCGCCACUUCUUCCUAUAUAAUUUUUUGAUGCUAGAUUAUUCAAGCAUGUAGGACUGUUGAAGUGGGGAAGGGAUGCUAACUGAAAUUUGUACAAAAAGAAAACUGGCUGAUUUCUUUUUUACGAGUAUUGGAAAUUUUUUUGAAGGAGCAUCUUUUCAUUCCUCCGAAAAGAAAUCAUGUGGAGUUUGCUUAUGUGGUGUCAGUUAGUAAGAACUGGAGAAUCGGUAGGAAAACUUCAGAUUUGCAAAGUCGACAUGAAUCCAUGAAAUAGUGGAUAUUGUUCACGAAGCUCUCGGUUUCCGUGAUGCAUUCUGAAAUGUUCCGGCUAAUCCAUUUCCUCCCCCUUGAUCCCUGUUGUUAUUUGUCUGCUGAGAAAAGGAUUGGAUUUAGUAACAUUUUGGAAUUUUGUUUUGUAAAUAAUGAUUGAAGGACCUGAUAUGACUUCUGUCCAGUGAUAGAGGCUGGGCAAAGAAGGGCUUUGAAGCAGACAAAAUGGUUCUGCCUCUGUUAAGAUGCCAGGCCUUUGGGUCAGUUUCCACUAUGCCCCAUAACAACAUCAGAUAAAUACUAAUCAUGAAAUGAUUUGACACCGUUCUUCUGCAGUGACUAGAGCAGGGGUCUCCAACCUUGGCAACUUUUAAGACUUUUAUUUUAUUUUAUUUUAUUUAUUUUGUCACACAGUAUAUAUAAGCAUAAGCAUGUAAUAACUAUACAAUAUAUAAGCAUAUAUAUAAGUAUGAGUAUGUAAUAACUAUAUUAAUUGGACAUAACGAAAGGAAACAAUAGGACAGAAACGGUAGGCAUGCUUGUGCUCUUAUGCACGCCCCUUACAGACCUCUUAGGAAUGGGGUGAGGUCAAUAGUAGACAGUUUUUGGUUGAAGCUUUGGGGAUUUUGGGAAGAGACCACAGAGUCAGGUAGUUUAUUCCAAGCAUUAACAACUCUGUUACUGAAGUCAUAUUUUCUGCAAUCAAGAUUGGAGCGGUUAACAUUAAGGUUAAAUCUAUUGUGUGCUCGUGUAUUGUUGUAAUUGAAGCUGAAGUAGUCUUUGACAGGAAGGACAUUGUAAUAGAUGAUUUUAUGAGUUAAAGUCAGGUCAUGUUGAAGGCGGCGUAGUUCUAAAUUUUCUAAGCCCAGGAUUUCAAGUCUGGUGGCAUAAGGUAUUUUGUUGUAUUCAGAGGAGUGGAGAAUUCUUCUUGUAAAAUAUUUCUGGACACGUUCAAUUGUAUUGAUGUCAGAAAUGUGGUAUGGGUUCCAGACAGUCGAGCUGCAUUCAAGAAUUGGUCUAGCAAAUGUUUUAUAUGCUCUGGUUAGUAAUGUAGUGUUUUUGGAGAAGAAGCUACGCAAGAUUAGGUUUACAACUCUUAAAGCCUUUUUUGCGAUGCAGUUGCAGUGGGCUUUGGCACUUAGAUCAUUUGAUAUGAAAACUCCAAGAUCUUUAACAGGGUGGGGGUCAUCUAUGGGGGUUGAAGUCCAUAAGUCUUAAAGUUGCCAAGGUUGGAGACCCCUGGACUAGAGCACAACUAGUGUCGUCUCCUUAAUUGCUUUUCCUUUCUACAGAUAUUGGGCUGGAAUCAUAAUAUUAAGACUUGGUUUCUCGGACUAAUAAAGUUGCUGACUUCACCUCAGCAGAGAGAGCCAACUUUUAGUGCAGAGUGAAAACUGAAGGAAAUUGUAGAUGCUCCAUCACUGGAGGCUUUUUAAGAAGAGACUUGAGCAGGGAGUUGGGCUAGAAGACUUCCAAGGUCCCUUCUAUUACUGAUAUUUUGUUAUUUCCUAUGUAAGAAAUUUUUACAAUACAGCGCUGAGAAAACAAAUAAUACGGAAAGAAUAAAAAACAUCUGAGGUAUCCUUUCCAGGUGAUGUUUCUCCAGUGCAUAUGAAUCCAAUUUCCCAGUCUCAGUUUGUUCCCUUGGCAGAGGUCUUGUGCUAUGCUAUAUCUGAUAUGAAUGCAGCUCAUAUUACAGUUACACAGGAAGCUUUGCUGCAUCAGCUGGGAAAAUACUACCCAGGUAUUGCAACUCCAACCCAUGAUAUUCUCUACAGUACUCUUGGGAUGCUAAUUAAAGAGCGAAAGAUAUACCAUACUGGGGAAGGUUACUUCAUAGUAACCCCAAAUACCUAUUUUAUCUCUAAUAAUACUAUGAAGAGCAACAAGAGGGCCUUACUAGAAGACAAAUGCCUUCCCCAGCCUUCUUUCACAUACUUGGUAAGCAUGGAAGAUGCUACAGAGCCAACACCAGAUCCUUUGCCUGUUGUAUCACAUUGUAGAUCCUGUUACUGUUUCCUUGGACACAAUGAAGUGAAACCAACAAAAUGUCAGGAAUUAAUUAGCCAGGAGCCAAAUGGGAAAAGUCAAAAAGAUUCCUGUGAAUCUAGAUCUUCAGUUCCAAAACCAAGUACAGAGUCACUUGCUGAUGGAAUCGCCCACUCGGUACUUUCCUCAAAGGGAAAAGAUAAGGCUAAAAAGUUUAGCCUUAGCCUCUUUUGGCGCAACACUUCCAAGAAAGAAAAGGCUAAGAAAUCCCACUCUACAUUUUCUGCUCAAUUUCCUCCUGAGAAAUGGCCGGUCCGAGAUGAAGAUAAUUUGGAGAACAUUCCAAGGGAUGUUGAACAUGAAAUCAUCAAGCGCAUCAAUCCUGUAUUGACGGUUGACAACUUGACUAAACAUACAGCACUAAUGCGGAAAAUGGAAGAACAGAAGAAGUAUAUCAGCAAAGGAACCUCUACAGAAGUACUAACAACGAAGCACAAACAUAUUGCAAAAGCGCACAGUUGGAAAAAACAGAAUAAAGCCUCAAAGUAUCACAGGAAGGGGCAGCAUAUUAAAGAAAAACGAGGAAAAUAUAAAACCAGUGAAGUGGUACUGGCUGAUGACAAUUUGGCAAGCUCUGUUGAACAUCCAUUAUGUCGUCUCACAAGCGAAAUGAUGGUUUGCAACGGAGAGCUGUUUGAUGACGCAUUAGAUAGGGAGCCUCACUUUUUAUAUAAAAGGGAAAUCAAUAAUCCAUUUCAAGAUAUUCCAAACAGAAGGAACAAGUCAUCAAAAGGGUACAAAAGUCAGAAACAUUGUGAUAUAAACUCCAAGGCUGCUAAAUCAGAGAGAAAUCGUUCAUGGUCCCAGUCUUUAGAUUCCUCAAGAAUCAUGGACUGUAAAGCUGGAAAGUGUGAUGCUGAAGAUGACAAGAAGAAACACUCAGAUCACCAGCAAUGCCCAGCUUCACAAACCAAUGGCACACACACAUCCUUGGCAGAGAGAGCCACUUGUAAGUGCAAUCUCCAAAGAGGGACGAACUCCCAAAAUACAGUGGAGAUGCAAGAGGCUUUUAAUAUUUACCCUACAUUCAAAAAUGAAGACGAGAAAAAGUAUCCAGAAAAAUCUAUUCAGGCGCACUGUGAUAAAGCAAACACUUGCAAUUUACCAAGUCAGCAUUCAGAUUGCUAUCUUCCCACUGAUACAGGUAUCAUCUGCCAACUUAAAGAGCCUGAAGUUGUUGCCGCACACAGACAAAAGGGCUUUAGGAGUGAGAUACAUUCCAAGAACACAAGCCAAUGGCUCGAGUCUGUGAAUCCGCAGUACGAGGGAUUCAUUUAUGAUGAUCCAGUUCAAUAUCAAAAAGCGGAUAAUGAUGGUGCCCACAGUCCCCUGCAUAAUGACCUUGUCCCGGAAGAAGAAACUGAAUCAUCCAAAUUGAAAUCUUGCCAACUCCGAUGUAGAACGGAGUCAGAAAAAUGGAAUAACGUAAGAGAAGAUACGAGUACGAAAGUAUUGGGAAAAGAAAAGGCUGAACCUCUCUUUCGAAGCUACCCAAAUGAUACUGUUGAUGCAUACCAGCAUGAAGACAGUGGUUUUCUUAGUCAGAGUAAAUCAAAGGAUAGCUUAAAGGAACAUGAUAAAAUGAACUUGGAAGGAGAAACUUGUAUGUGCCAUCAAGUGUCUUCUAAAAACAGUGAAGAGAAAGAGGGUAUUUAUGAUCAAGGCCAGAGAACUGAUAAUACUGAUAGGCACGUUCUUGAAUUCAGUGCGAUGCAGGAAGCAAAGAACAGAACGUGGGAGAAGUCAGCAAACGAAGUAGCUAUGGAAACAGCUUCCUUGAUGUUGUCAUCCAAAGACUGGGGAAUUAAGACAAACCUUGUGGGAACACGGCAGUCAUUUGAUAACUCAGAGGAUGCUCCUCUAGAUCGGGGAAUCCAACAUGACCAAAACCACUUACAAGACACAGGAAACCAGAGUAUAACAGGAGAUAGUGGGAUAGAUUCUCCCAGAGCACGAAGUAUGGUAUCUGCUAAUUCUGCCAUCUUGUAUGGACUAAAGAAAAGCAGAAGCUUCUUCAAGAACUUGGAAGGUAUAGAGAAGACUUUACAUAGCAAAAAGUCUCUUACCUCAAACUCCUUACUUCAGUUGACACCAGUGAUGAAUGUUUAAUUUUUCCUCCUUUUUUAACCAAGUUUGUGAGCCUGUUUGUAAAUCUAUUAAUGUAUUUGCUGUAAGUGUCUUAAACGAACACAUGUAGGUAAGAUGUUGGCUAUUUCUUCCAUAAAAUGUAUGAAUACUUUGUAAUAAACAUUUUUACUGUU